AUGGGGAACAGUAUUGGUGUAUCUAGGUCAGAAAUGGAGCAGUACCUAGGCAUCCAUAUGAUAUCGUCCAUCGUAAAAAUGCCCUCCUACCGUAUGUAUUGGGGGGAAGGCACUAGAUAUGGUCCUAUUGCUGAGUCCAUGUCCCGAAAUCGAUUUGAAACAAUAAGAGCAUAUAUUCAUGUAAAUGAUAAUACCAAUCUUCCAGAUGGUAAUGAUCCGGCCCAUGACAAGUUGUUCAAAAUCCGGCCCCUAAUUGAUGCUGUCAGGGAUAACAUGAAAAAAGUCCCUUUGGAUUCAAAGGUCUCAAUUGAUGAAUUGAUCAUCCCUUUCAAGGGAAUAUCUCAUAUGAAGCAGUACAACCCAAAAAAACCCCACAAGUGGGGAAUCAAAGUGUUUGCACUUGCAUCGAAAUGUGGCAUAAUUCAUGAUUAUGAAAUAUAUGUAGGCAAGGGUACAGUGACAGAAACCAAACUUGGCAUCUGUGGUGACAUUGUUGUUCGACUGGUAGACAUUGUACCAAAGGACAAGAACUAUAAGUUAUUUAUUGACAACUGGUUCAACUCUCAUCGACUUCUCUGCCAUCUAAAAGAGGUAGGACUCUUAGCAGUAGGGACAAUUCGUCCUGAUAGGAUUGGACGUUGUCCUUUCACAAAGGAUAAAGACCUUCUCGAGGAGGGACGAGGAAGUAUGGAUGUGAAAUUGGACACCGAGAACAACAUUAUCGCUUGCAAGUGGGCUGAUAACAAAACUGUGUGCCUUGCAUCAACAUACGUGGGUGCAGAACCUGUCGAUGAAGUCAUGAGAUGGUCUACGGCACAAAAACAGAGAGUUGCUGUCCAGCGCCCAGCCAUUGUGAGAGAAUAUAAUGAAGCUAUGGGGGGCGUGGAUCUACAUGACAUGUUGGUGGAAUUGUACCGAAUCGACAUAAAAGUUAAACGAUACUACAUGAGGAUAGUCAUGCAUUUACUGGACAUGAGUGUCGUAAAUGCGUGGCUAGUCCAUCGGAGGGAUUUAUCCCUCCUUGAGGCCAAUAGCAAGCCAAUGCCUCUGAUAAAAUUCAAAAGCCAACUAGCUUGUUCACUUCUUCAACCGAAACAAGUCAAAAAGAGAGGUCGUCCCAGCAUCGCUGAGCCACCAACCCGCAAAAAAAGGAGCUAUUCAAUGCCUGCAAGACCUGCGGAUGAAAUCAGACUGGACAACACUGAACACUGGCCCAUUCCUGUAGCUGAGCGCAAGAGGUGCAAGAAUUGCAUUGACAAAUACUGUCAAAUACAAUGUUCAAAAUGCGAUGUAUUUCUAUGUUUGACUCAGAAUAGGAACUGUUUUGUGGAUUUCCACCGUGCGUAA